AUGGCCGCUAUGUUCAUCUUGCUUCUUGGACUCUCCAUGCUUAGCUCCCAAAUGAAAGGGACACAAUCCAUCGGAGUAUGCUACGGAAGAAACGGUGAUAACCUACCGCCGGCGUCAGAAGUUAUAGAUCUCUACAAAUCCAACGUCAUCGCCCAAAUGCGAAUCUAUGAUCCAGAUCAAUCCGUCCUUCAAGCCCUUAAAGGAUCCAACAUAGAUCUCAUCCUAGAUGUCCCCAAAGACAAACUCCAAUCCCUCGCUUCAAACCCUUCGGUCGCCGCCGACUGGGUCCAAACCAACGUCAAGAGCUUUUCUCCCGAUGUCAAAUUCAAGUACAUCGCCGUCGGCAACGAGAUCAAGCCCAGCGACGCUGAGUCCAAAUACGUUCUCCCCGCCAUGCAAAACGUCCACAACGCCAUCGCUUCCGCCGGCCUCCAAGACCAGAUCAAAGUCUCCACCGCCAUAGAGUUUGGCCUCCUCGGCACCUCCUACCCGCCCUCUGACGGAUCCUUUAAGGACGACGCAAAAACCUACAUAAACCCUAUUAUAACCUUUCUCGCCAGCAACGGUUCCCCGCUUCUGGCCAAUGUGUACCCCUAUAUUAGUUACAUCGGUGAUCCCCAAAAUAUCCAACUUCAGUACGCCUUGUUCACCGCCCCCGGCGUCGUCGUCCAUGACCCGAACAGCAACCUCGACUACCGGAACCUCUUUGAUGCCCUAAUGGAUGCUCUAUACUCUGCUCUCGAGAAGUCCAACGGCGCGAACGUGGAAAUUGUUGUGUCGGAGAGCGGGUGGCCGUCGGCCGGCGAGGCGGCGGCGACGACGGAGAAUGCAGGGACUUAUAACAAGAACUUGAUUGAUCAUGUUAAGGGAUCAGGCGGAACCCCCAAGAAGCCUGGACGAGCAAUCCAGACUUAUUUGUUUGCCAUGUUUGAUGAGAAUAAGAAGCCGGGUGCUCCCACGGAGCAGCACUUUGGUCUUUUCUCGCCUGACAAACAACCCAAGUACCAAAUUAGCUUUAAUUAAAUUCGUAUUUUUCAUAUACGGAUCUUGUGGGAGAGUGGCUAGCUUCUGGUGUAUCUCACUGUAAUAAAGGCUUGUUCAUGGGAAAAGCUAUUUAUGCUAUAAUAUUAUAUUGGAAUAAGAUUUUCUAA